AUGUGGUACUACGAAACUUGCAACCUUGCCUUGCUCGAAACCAAACGAUAUAUGCUGCACUUCCGAGAGGUGGUGAGCGGCGAGAUCUUCGGCCGAUUUCGAAAGAGUGUCACAUGGUACCAAAUCUCUUAUCACAAAGAUGUACCAAAUUCAACCAGACUAGUCAACAGAGGCAUCGAAAGUAUCUCACGGUUCUCGGCUCGACGUCUGAGGCAGCUUCUCCAAGAUGAAGAAGCUCAAUUGCUUGAGGAACGGGACCUCAUCCAGGAGAAAAUUUACAAGCGAUACCUCAAAAGGGACUGCUUGUUCUAA